AACGGUAAGUUUGGGUAACACUGGGAAGAAGCAGUGGGCGGAGCAGCGACAGCGUCUUUAUGUGUAACAUAUGCAGCACGGCUCUCCACCUCCUCCUACUGCUUUAAGUCUGGCUAAGAAGCCACUAAGUCCAAUUAACCGAGAGGAGGCGGAAAUCCUCGCUUUAGGAGCUGCCGACGCCGCCGCCGCUGCCGCCGCUAUUACCGACGCUCUCCCGCCGCCUCUGUUCUUCUGGACGACGGUUAGUUAACGUGAGCUCGGCUCUCCCCGCCAAUCCAACAUGACGACCUGACUCCCGCUCAUAAUACAAGUCAACAGCAGCAGUCAGACGUUUGUGGUCCUUCCGGACCUGGAGUGGUUUGAGUGUAGCUGUUGACAAGGGCUCGGUCUUAUUCUUUCAAAAGCCGUCGACGCCGCGCAGUUUCCUGCGUCAAGGUGCGUGAAGGGUCGUCAACAUGGAAACGCGGUACACGGAUGUGCUGCUCGUCACCGCAAAUGUCGGCUCACUCUUUGACAACUUGGGUGAUAUUCAAAGAGAGUGGCUUCAAGAAUUGUAUAAGACCAUCCACUCCUUCAAGCCAAAAUUCAUCGCUUUGCAUUUCCAGGAGGUGGGAGGAAAGGACUAUAUAGUCAACAUGGGCCAUGCAGAAGACUUCUUUGGGAGCCUUGAGUCCAAUGAGAACAUGAAAGACUAUGACAGAGUCUGUAUCUAUGUGGACAAGCACUUCCAAGCAGAAGGUUUCACGGCACUGGGAAGUAUGUACUUCAUUCACAAGACACUGAACAACAUCUACCAGUACGACUUUAAUGCUAAGGAUUUUAAAGCAGUGUCGGGGCACAACAAGUACAUGGGCUCACUGGAGGGGGUUACCACGGUGGAGAAGGAAAAAUUCCCCAGACAUUUUUGGCCUGAUUUCAAGUGGUCCAGGAAGGGAUUCAUGAGAACUCGUUGGAUCAUACACAACCAAGGUCUGGACUUAGUUAAUGUCCACCUGUUCCACGAUGCCUCCAACCUCACUGCCUGUGAAUCCAGUCCCUCCAUUUACUCAGCCAACCGCAAAAACGCCCUCAGAUACAUCAUCAACAGGAUAUCAGACAAUCGCUUCACUCCUCAGCCUUUCUUUCUGUUUGGUGACUUUAACUUUCGUCUGGACACCCUGAAUCUCAUCCAGCAUCUGUCCACUACGGCGGAAGUGCAGACAGUGAGGAAGGACAGCAAUGACAAAGUAGAGAAAAUCAUCUGUGAAGAAAAGGACAAUGACCACCAGGUGUUGCUCCAAAUUGAGGAGAAGUUAUUCGCCUACGUGCACCAGGCGUACUUCAGAGAGGACAACGUCUCAUCGCUCUUGAAGUAUGACAAAGAAGCCGCAGCUUUUCAGGAUGUUAUCAGGGAAGAAGACAUCACCUUUCCACCCAGUUACCCCUACAGUGAGGAUUACACUAAACCCACCCAGUACAUGAACACUCGCUGUCCUGCCUGGUGUGACCGUAUCCUCAUGUCUCAUACUGCCCAGGAGUUCAUUCACAGGAGAGAAGAUGACGGGGAUCACGGCAUUGUUUACAACACAUUAGGCCCUAAUGUGUGUAUGGGAGACCAUAAGCCUGUGUUCUUGUUCUUCUCCCUGAGGACGACUCACCACUGACCCCACUUUACCAUGAUGCUAAGAGUUUGAUCUCCUCCUGAAUGUCAGAAUCAGCGUGGAGGUUUCAAACUACAACCUACUUUUCUGCCAGUUUACCAGAACCAUCCUCACCUUCACUCUGUGGGAGUCUCCAGUUUGCUCUCACUGCCACAAACACCAUCUCCACCGCAGACUUGUCCCCCGCCUGUCAUGAGUCUGUAAGGCAGCUGCGGCAUCCGCUUCACUUUCUCUACUCUCUCCCUGCCAGUGUACUGCACACCCUCAAAAUCUCUGCUGCCUGAUUUUACCAGCACAGAACAAUGAUGCAGACUGUCAUUUAUACGUUAAGAUGAGACCCAGACACUCCAGUCUUACUUCAGUUUGAAGGCAUUGGUUUUACUUGUUGCAUUAUUUUUCAAUGGGUUUUUAAAACAGACAAACCUCAGAAAAAAAAGAACUAUCUUUUUUUUUUUGCACUGGCCUUAAAUAUUUUACACAUCGGUGAAGUUCUCAGUCAUUCAGGUCAUAGAUAUCUUUAAAUGAAAAAAGGAACAUUGAAGGUUCUACACUAGAAGACUUUUACUUUUCACCCCUUUGUUGUCACAUCAUGAACAAAUAUCACAAGUUUACAGAACACAUCAAUGCUCAACAGAAAAGGUGACAUGAGAAAUUGAAUGUCAGCCACCUAGAAUGUGGUCCGGUCCAGAUUAGACAUUUGAAGUUCUCAAAUUUAGAAAGUAACUUUUAAAUUAAGCUUUUUUUUUUUUUUUAAGUUUCUCACCAACAUAUUUGACUUUUACAGCAACAUACCCUAAAAGUCAAACUCAACCAUUUAAAUGUGGUUAAAUCAUGUAAAGUUUAAUUGGCUAACUAUAGCAAAGAAUGGAAGAAAAUAAUUUUUACUGAAGGUAAAAAAACAAAACUGAAGAAAAUGUGUUCCCUCUGAGAAGGAAGUUAAAUCACAGCCAGCAUGGUGCAUGCUACUAUUCUGUUGUCAUUAACUGUGAUAAGGCAAGGUUUCACCUCAACAGGAAAUUCAUGAUAAUGAUAAUGAUAAUAAUGACGCACACAUAUGUAUGCACAUGUGUGCGUCAUUAGAUACUUUCCCACAGCGUAGGUGAUUUUAUCGCGUGCUUUUUUAUUGUUAUUAUUUAGCAGUGGCAUUCCAUUGUCUUCACGGUUUAAAGCAACAGUGUAGCUGCUUUUUAAAAUUUCGUCCAAGUUAAGGUGAAUAAAGACAUUAUCUUCUGUCUGUGGUGAAAGUGUACAUUUAUACCAAGUGCUUUGUUUCAGCUGGUAGCAGAACCUUUUUUUUUGUUUGUUUCUGGUUUGCAUCUUAUUUGAUUGUCAGAAGAAUAACACUGCAGGCCUUGUGUGUUUACUGGUCAUCGAUGUAACAGCACCAAUGUUAGUGUCACUAAACUAAAUGCAGUAUACAGUAUAUACAUAUGCAUUUUUACUGAAGACCAAUGUUUGAUUUUAGAUUUCCUGUGUUUUUUGGUUUGUUCAAUUCCUAGCAUAUUCAUAUUCAAUCAUUUGCUGUGAUGCACUGUUUUACUGUUUUAUCUGUUCAUUUUAAUUUUAAUUUUCUUGUUGGGUUUUAGUAAUAUUGAAGAUAUAAAAUAGGGAUUUGGUCUGUUUUUUAAUCAUUUUGUGACUUUGACUAAGUUGUUUGUGUCGUUUGAAGGAGGAUCUGAACGUACACUGUUGAUCGAAUGUACUAUGAAAAGUAAAACAAAAAUGAAUUGAUUUGCUCAAACAUUGACAUGUUAUAUUUUAGAUUUUCUAAUGAAUUCUUAAUUACAGCUUGGUUGCUACUCCAGUGGCAGACUGUGCUCUCACUGUGCUCAAAAUAUCCUCACAUGUAGCAUGCAACAUUAACUGGGUCUUUUUAAGAAAGCACAAAACCAGUUGUUUUAAGGGCAUAGCUUUGAAAAAUGUCCACGAAAGUCACAUUUUUGCACAAAAUGGUUUCUAUUAAGAGAAUAACUAACUGUCUAGCAGGGAACCUACUCUUAUUGAGAUCUUGGCUGAAAGUUGGUGAACAUUUCCAACACAAAAUGUCUUCAUCAUUGCCAAAGAAUGAGGAAAAACAGAUGGCAGCACAACUGCAGAUCCACAUACCAACAUACACCUUUAGUGUUUCAUGUAUUUGAAAAAAAAAAAUACAGGCAAAGGUUUUUGUAAAACUCUCCUUUUUCCUGCAAAAUGUACAGUGUUAUCCUGUUCAGACCUGGCCCAUGUUACACUGCAUUUGUGAUAAUAUUUUGAGCAUGUCAAGACAGUGAGGCUCUGUAGUGUCACUUUAUGACAGCACAUCAUUUGAGGACAACAAAAGGACUCAUUGAUUCUUAUUGACAAUAUUGGCAAUGUAACGAGUGGCAUUUCUUUGUGUUAACAGCCCUGUGUUUCAGCACUCGGUGUAAAUUCAGUGUCACCUUCUGUAAAAGCUUCUGUUUGUCAUUUACUAAACCUUGCCAUAGCAAGAUGAGUUUAAGAUGUUUAUAAAUGUAGCAAUUCAUCUGUUGACCAGCUGAGGUGGUUAUGUUGGUCAGUAUUACAUUCUGAAGAACUCAACACUACAUUGUGUAUUUUGUUAAUAAAAUAUUCCUCUCUUUAAAAAAA